AUGCUGUGGCUGCUGCUGCUGCAGGUGUUGGUGAGCUGCCUCUGGCUGGGACACAGCGAGGUGGUGAUGUCCUUUGAAACUUCAUGUCCUCAGUUUUUUUUCCGGGAGAUCCCCCCAAAUGCAGCUCUGGAGCCGCAGAACCCAGCCUGGAUCUGCCAGCGCUACAASAACCAGUAUUACUUUGCCACCYUGUAUGACAGAAAGAUGCGUAUUCCGGUGUACUCUGCUUACAUCUACCAGCCUGGACCUGGCAAGAGACCUAAAACAUGGCUGGUUGAGCCCCAGCUGAUCAACCCAACUUAUCCCAAAACGAUGGAAAAAGAGUGGACACUCUUAAAUCGAUACAAUGUCAGCUCAGAGGAGCUCAGCCAGAGCCAGGCGAUCCUUCAUGACUACAAGAACCUGACGGGCUUGAACCGGGGCCAUUUGAACCCCAAUGGCCACCAUGAUGACUACAGCAGCAGAGUGGCUACCUUCACCCUCACCAACAUAGUGCCCCAGGAUGAGAAACUCAACRGUGGUGCCUGGAACAACUACGAGCAGCAAACGAUGAUCAGGAAUACCCAGGGCUGUACCACCACCUACGUCAUCGUGGGUGCUGUGCCUGGGAACAACUACAUCGCCAAGGGGAGGGUUAACAAACCCAGCCACCUCUGGUCAGCUGCCUGCUGYGUGGUGGACAACAACUAUUUAAARGCUUGGGCGGUCAUUGCYGAGAAYGACAGGAACCAGGUUCAGCUYCUCAYGCUGGGGGAGCUGGAGGACACAUUGACCGAGCUCUAUGGGAGGGGACAGGUUUCCCUGUUUGACAGUGACUGUCCUCGAGAAUAAGACUCACGUCCUGCGUGGAAAAGCUUCAGGAGCUUU